UAAAAAAUUGAGUCCAGUGUAUUACGUUACGCAGGGCUGUGGUGAAAUGUAAACUGUGGAUAUUUAGUAGUGUGUUUUAAACGGAACGUGGUGAAACGCACACAGAUUCCCUUUUAAGUGAGCACUGCUUACGAAACACGCCGGGUGGAGCUUUCGUAACGCACCUCUCGAUUCAACUUGUAUUCCUCACUUCUCGUCAGGUAACAUCAGUUCACUGUGCAAACUUGUUGGCAGAUAUCGUCUCUUUUAUCAUUGUUAAAGGGUAAUCUGGUAAUGAUAAAUCUUUUUGGGUUCGUCUUUUUCUUUGUAGGUUCUUUGAAUGUUUUGCUCCUUCGCUCUGAGAGAUGUCACUAGCUAAAGCCUCUCAGGUCAGUGCAAUGCUCAGAGAUCUGAUGUUGGGUCUAGAAGACCCCGAGGGUUUUUUCUGUCUCUGCCUUUCUGCACUGGGCGAGAGAGACACUCGAGCACUGUUUCUGGACUUGAUUAAGCCUCUUGCUUCAGGACACAUUCAGCUGUACAGCCAGCUCACUACCAUCUUCUUCAACUACUUCUCCCAGGGUGAUGAAGAAGCAUUAGAGGUGGCUAUAGCUCUUUCUCUCCACGAAACCACUUACAGAGAUGAUCCUCCUCAAAGCAGCAGCUCUGACCAGUUAGCCAAAGAGGCAUUGGGGGACAGUCAGGCUGGAGAUCCAAAGAAACCCAUUAAGAAAGAAUGCCCUCUGAAAGACACCAGGCCCCAGAGAACCACUACUAUGAUAAAGAGGGAAAAUAAUUCAGACUCCUCAUCAUGUCCUGCAGAUGAUGAAUCUAAAAACCAUGAUAACAUGAUCCACUCAGUGAAGCCAAAGAUGUCACGGAGGCAUCGGCAACGCAAAAAACAGCAACUCAUGCAGAAUCCAUCGGCCCCGCGGCCUGUGCUGUUGUGGUUCCGACGUGACCUCCGCAUGUGGGACAACCCGGCUCUGAUUGGCUGUCUUGAGUUAGGUGCACCGAUCAUACCUGUAUUCCUGUGGAACGCCGCAGAGGAGGAGGGGCCAGGGGUUACUGUGGCAACAGGUGGAGCCAGUAAGUACUGGCUUCAUCAGGCACUGGUGUGUCUGAACCGCUCUCUUGAGGAACGCAGUAGCCACUUGGUCUUCCAGAGAGCAGAGCCGUCCUCUCUAGCUGCCCUGCAGGCUCUGGUGGCUGAGACAGGGGCUGGAGCAGUGGUGGCAACUGCUCUGUAUGAGCCAUGGCUCAGGGACAGGGAUGACAGUGUGUGGGCUGUGCUGGAGAAACAGGGCGUCAAAUGUCACAUCUAUCACUCCUACUGCCUCAGAGACCCCUACACUGUCAGCACAAAGGGUGUUGGCCUGCGAGGUAUUGGUUCUGUGUCUCACUUUAUGAGCUGUUGCCAGCAAAACUCUGGCCCUGGAAUCGGGACACCACUGGAUGCCCCUUGCAUUCUGCCCACUCCAUUGUCCUGGCCUCAGGGAUGCCCCCUCACGCAGCUGGGACUGGCUCGCAUGCCACGCAGAAAAGAUGGCACAGAAAUUGACUGGGCAGUGAAUAUUCGUCAAGCCUGGGAUUUCAGUGAGGAGGGAGCUCGUGCUCGACUAGAGACCUUCUUGAAAGAUGGUGUGUACCGGUAUGAGAAAGAGUCAAGCCGAGCAGAUGCUCCAAACACCAGCUCUCUGUCUCCAUAUCUACACUUUGGGCAGCUGAGUGCACGUUCACUGUUGUGGGACGCUCGAGGGGCUCGUUGCAGACCUCGCAAGUUCCAGCGGAAGCUGGCAUGGAGAGAUCUGGCAUAUUGGCAGCUCAGCCUGUUCCCACACCUGCCCUGGGAGUCCCUCAGGCCACCAUACAAGGCUCUAUGCUGGAGUUUAGACUGUGCCCAUCUGAAGGCGUGGCAGCGUGGACAAACAGGCUACCCACUGGUUGAUGCAGCAAUGAGGCAAUUGUGGCUGACAGGCUGGAUGAACAACUACAUGAGGCAUGUGGUGGCAUCCUUCCUUAUUGCCUACCUCCAUAUUAACUGGCAGGCGGGAUACCGCUGGUUUCAGGACACUCUAGUGGAUGCUGAUGUUGCUAUAGACGCUAUGAUGUGGCAGAAUGGAGGCAUGUGUGGUCUGGACCACUGGAACUUCGUCAUGCACCCUGUUGAUGCAGCACUGACCUGUGACCCCUACGGAAAUUAUGUGAGGCAGUGGUGCCCUGAGCUAAAGGCAUUGCCUGAUGACUUUAUCCAUAAGCCCUGGAAGUGCCCAAGCUCAGUACUGUGUAGGGCAGGUGUAGUUUUUGGCCAAAACUACCCUGAGCGUAUUGUAGUUGACCUUGAGGAGCGGCGUGCCCAGUCACUGCAAGAUGUUACAUUGGUGCGGAAGCGUUUCAGUGAGUAUGUAUGCCAGCAAACGGGCUGUGACCUAGUGCCUCUGCCUGCCAAGCUUGUGCAGGAUGCCAUGGGCAGUGGGAACGACAUAGUAAGACAUGGAGAAAAGGAGUUCCUGCUCCCAGUCAUCACACGAAUGGAGUUCAAACAUGAACCUGAAGAUACAGACACUCAUGACAACCCAUACAGUGCAGUUCUAAAAGGCUAUGUCAGCCGCCACCGAGAUGAGAAAAUUGCCUUUUUGAAUGAGCGUGACUUCACAGCCAGCGUAAUGUACGAGAAUGCUCAGAGGAGAGAGAGGUUGGAGAGGGACCACUGCAUCCUUGAAGGGCUCCAGUGCCCCCCUACCAAUAAAGGCAAAGGGCAGCAUCGCAACGUCAGGCCUGCGAGUGGUGCUGUACAAAAAAGAUGAGAGAAUCUGGGACGCACGGAAGUCAGUCGCACUACCUCAGUCACUCUUAGGACUUGUGAAGAAAGGGAACAUGCAGAUAGGUGUGUUGUUAAUAGUAGUUCAACUUGAUUUUCCACUUGAUAGACAACUAAGGACUGUGAAUGGGGCUGUACAACAAAGACUAAAGUACCUGGGAAAAAUCACUGGCAUUAUCUGUCACCCUUAGGACUUGUGAAGAAAUGCAGUUUGCUUAAAGGGGAAUUCCAGCCUAAAACUAGCAUAUGUUAUUUGUCAUGUUAUGUAAUGUUCUAUUGUUGGUUUGACAGAAUUCAUGAGUUUGUUGAUUUUGCAUUUUUGUGUUUGCAUCCAUUAACGUUCUCUCACUACAAUACCCAGACUGCACUAUGCAAAUACAUCAUACAGCCAUUGGGAAUCCCCCUACAGCUACAAAGAAAUCCAUAUACUGGAUGUUGAGGCCAAGAAAUGCAGAUAUAUUUGGCUAUUAUUUCAGCUAUUUGGCAUCCUUCUGCGAAAGCCAGCCAGCAAAGGACAAAGAAAAAUUAAACAACCUACCCCUAAAAAAAAUCCACCUAAAGUCAAAGCUGUUUAAAAGUCCCUCCCACCUUUAAAACGCAUCAACAGAGGGGGAUUUUCCUAGUCUUUAGCCCGGAAAAUCUGUUCUGGCACCACUGUAGGAAGCGAACAGGCAUGUAUUACAACAGAUGUAAUAAUAAUUACAUUUUUCAUUUUG